UUUGCAAAAUGUCGUCUAUUAACUCUCUACCAAGCUCAAAAUAUAAGCUAAGGGUCUCACCAGGCUCUCUUGCAGAAAGGAAGCCAGUUCCUUCAGAUGUUCCUACAGAGAUUGAAACUUUUACUAGCUUAAACCGUAUGGCCAAGAAUGAAGACCAAAAGAAAUAUAGAAGGAAAAUUAAAAGCUCAGCUCAAUAUCUCAAGCAAAGCCAAGGAGGCGAACAUAGCAAUAGGGCCAACUAACGACAGCUAUGAUGGUAAGAGAGUAGCUCAGAAAAAGUACUCUAAGUACAAGAAGAAAGCAGGAUUGAUAGUUAGCUCACCUGUUAAAACCAGCAAGGACCCCAAGUGCCUUAAAAACUUCAGCUCCGGUUCAAAACUGAAGGUUGGUAGGAACAGCAAGUUUCUGAAUACAGAUCUUGAAGUUCUUCGGUCUUCAACGAAAAGGAAGGAUAAAUUUACUUCUCCCACCUAUGAGUUGGUGAAAACCAAACUCAAAGAGGAGAAGCUUAUAAGGAAGAAAAGCUACCUGAAGGAUACCAAUUGUACAACUGAGGAGACUAAUAACUCAGAUCCUGCAAAGUUGAGUAUGAGAGGCUCCCAUGGAACUUUGAGGACCACUAAAUUAAAAAUGAAGCAGACACUUUGUCAGUCAAUUCAGAAGAAAAGAAGAGUUAUGCAGGUCAAGACACUCAGAAAGUCUCUUUCACCUCACAAUUUGUUAAACAAGCAUAUUAACAUCAGUGAGAAUUUGGGAUUUGGAGUUUCCCGAAAAAUGAUUUCUCUGAUUGAUGAUGACGAUAAAUCAUUUGUGACUGUUGAUAAUACACAUUCGGUGAAUAAACCUAAAGCUAUUCAACUAAUUAAUGAUGCAACCAAGAGGCUCCCAACCUCUAGGGGGAAGUCCAACACGUUGAAGCUGAUCGAUCCAGUGAAGAAUACAGUCAAAGAAGAAGUCGGGGAAGAAAAUUAUGAAGAAUCUCCUUGAAAAUAGGAUUAAUCUUCCUCAAACAAGGUCUCUAAGAACUUCAGCAGAGAAGUAUAAUAACCCUAUCAAGAACUUCACUAUUGUCCCAAGGUUAAUAUCCGGGACACUUGAGGUACCAGGAAUCAGUCUGAUGAACGACGAAUUUGAGUUUACAGACAUUAGAGACGCUCAGGAACAAGAUGAUGAGGAUUACCAGCUGUUCACUUGGUCUCAUGAAUUUGACUCGAUUGUUGAAGAAACCCAUCCAGAAAUAAACCAAGCAUGUCCCUAAGAUGUCGGAUAUUAAGAGAGUGUCUUUGGCAAGAAGUAGU